AACUUCAUGUAUCAACUCCUCAUAGGAGUUGCUCACUGCCAUAGCCAUGGAGUUAUGCACAGAGACCUUAAACCGCAGAACCUUCUUGUCGACAAAGAUCGGGGCUUGGUGAAAAUCGCUGAUCUUGGAUUGGGCCGCACAUUCACUGUUCCUAUCAAGAGCUACACACACGAGAUUGUAACUCUGUGGUAUCGAGCUCCGGAGGUACUUCUUGGCGCAACCCACUAUUCCACGGCCGUGGAUAUGUGGUCGGUUGGAUGCAUAUUUGCCGAGAUGGCAUGCAAGGUGCCGCUCUUCCUAGGAGAUUCGGAGUUGGAGCAGCUGCUCCGCAUCUUCGAGAUUCUUGGAACUCCCAACGACAAAAUCUGGCCUGGUGUCUCCGAUCACCGUGACUGGCAUGAGUUCCCCCAGUGGAGUGCCCAGAGCCUUGCUCGGUUUGUGCCAGAGUUGGACAAGAACGGUGUUGAUCUAUUGAAG